CUUAUGGUCACGUGACCGAGGGGAAGCUGGCCUUGCGGAAUCUGCAGUCUGUGUUUACACAAGGGAGAACAUUUGCUUGGUGAACCUCACACUGUCGGUGAAACAUGCCGAAGCUCUUCGUACUUGCCCUCGGCCUGUUACCAUGGAUCCCAGCCGUCCUCUGCGAGGCGACCUCCGGCCGAGAGCACGUGGUCCUGGAGGGUCAAUCCCUCACAGUCCCGUGUCACUAUGAGCCUCAGUAUGCCGGCCAUGUAAAAUACUGGUGUCUUGGGAAAACGAGGGAGUUCUGCACCAGCCUGGCUCGGACAGACGGCCCCCGUUCGGCCAGUCCGGCUGAGGACAAAGUCAGCAUCUCUGAUCACGAGGACCAGCUUUUGUUCAGUGUGACCAUGAACAACCUGAAGGAGGUGGACUCUGGGUGGUACAUGUGCGGCGUGGAGAUAGGCGGAAUGUGGUCAGCCGAUGUUGUCACUCACACUCACAUCAAGGUCAUCCACGGUCUGUCAGUGGGUAGCAGUCAGGUGAGCGGGGAAGAAGGGAGUAGCGUGACAGUGGAAUGCCUCUACAGUGAGAGAUACAGAGAAAGCGAGAAGAAGUGGUGUCGAAGUGGAAACUCGAGCUCCUGCCUGCUGACGGGUUCUGAAGGGAGCUACGAAGACACUUCAGUGGCCAUCAGCGAUGACAGAACUAGGACUUUCACGAUAACCUUAAAGAAGCUGCAGCUGAGAGACAGCGGCUGGUACUGGUGUUACGCAGGACAACAGAGGAUAGCCGUGAGCGUGGUGGUCACGCCUCGACCCACGACCACAGUGUCUGUGACACUUACACCGAGUCAGUCUGCUGUACGCCUGCAUCCAGCCAAAUCCAUCACCCAGCAGUCCUGGAACGGUCACAGCCACAUCAUGGUGUCUUUGCUCCCGUGCGCCUCCUUAAUCCUCCUGGUGGGCAUGGCCAUACUGGCGUGGCAGCUGUGGAGACGCCACGGUCCUUCAUAUCCGUUCCUGGAGAGGGAUCCCGAGAAAGCAAGAAUCAAUCCGCACUGUGUAUGUGACCUGCAGAACAAUGCUGUCAUUUUCCACAACAGGGAUUCCCAGGACAUAGCUUAGUCAGGCCAAUGCUUGUUGUUACACAUUGUAAUUGAAUGUAAUUUUAGUUUGCUGCACACAGCACAGGCUUUCCUUUAAGUUCUUUUUUUUUCAAAAUGACCUUUAAAGAAAUGUAUGAUGUGUUUUGCCUGCUGCUUUUGGCAUAGGCUGCUGAUCAUGUAAUAUGCAUUUGUACCAUACUCAUGUGGUCUUCUAUUUUCAUUUGGUCAAAAGCAGCAUCGUCACUACCACCAAGGGACCCUGAGGUUGAGUCCUCUGUCUCGUCUUAUGGAAUUCCGGGAUUUAAACGACCUGGUGGAGUUUACACGCUGCAGUUCAAAACGUACACAUGGUACUUUUCAGGCUGAGUUUCACUCUUUUGAAACUGAGUGCGUUUCAAAUUAAAUACAUAUAUGAUUCAUUUUUUCUCCACUGGAUUUUUAUGUGGGAAAUGGUACCGCUCUGUCUUUAAAGGUCCAUUAUCUACCAAUAAUACUCAAUGAAAGGAAAUACUUAACCAUCUGUACUAAUUAUGGGGAAAAUAGGGGCCACGUGUUUGUUGUUUGAAUUAAACCUGUAAUAAUAUAUUUUUUGCCCACUUGGGGGCAGCAGAAACAAGCGAACACAAGUGACCUGUGUUUUUUUCAUUUGAUAUAGAGGACGUGUGAGUGAAUAACACAUCCAGCAGUUGUGCAGCAACAUUAGCAUUCAUUAGGAGUGGUGUUUGUUAUUGUCAACUCUCCUUUUAGCUGUGUUGCGGUCUCCACCGGCUCCUGAGGGAAAUAGCUGGCUAUGUAGCUGGAGGAUAGUUGCUAACUGUGUGUGACGUUAGCGCUAGUUAGGUAGCUGAUGGAUAAAGACAGUACACAAACAAGAUGAGUCACUAAAGAGUCAUUUCCUGUAUCUGUCGCCACUGGCCCGCCCCUUUAAGAACUAGAUUCCGAACUGAUUCUUUCACACCAAAGUAAUCCAUUUUUACCAAGCCACAUGUAUUCCGUUCUGACACUAAAAUCUUUCAGACAAACAAAUAGGGAGAAAUUUAACCCUAAUUUGCCAUCGCAAACAAACUCACUUGCGAUCUGAAGCAGUUGUUUUCUACGCGCCCGCAUGCCAGUGGAAAGUCGGCUGGAAUUGUGUAGUUCUGUGAAACAACUAAAGCAGAUGAGGAUUUGUUUUCAAACAAUAGGAAAAGAAAAGAAAAAAAGAGACUUUAAUUGCCGGAUACAGCUCAAUCAGUGUAAUACAAGUCUCCCAAAGCCCCAAAAUCCAAAAUUGAUUGAAAAUGGUUGUUAUUUACACCUUCAAUGCAUGGUCAAGCUCGUGCACCCACUUCAGAUGGGCUCUAACAAUUUUAGCUUAGCAGUUGCGUUAAGAUUUUGGUUUUAAAAAAGGGUGUAAAUAACAUCUUUUCAGAUCAGUUUUGAAUCUCGGGGCCUGAGACUUGUGUUAUGCCGGAUUAGCUGUAUGGUGCCAUUUCACAUAUUGUUUUUUUUCUCGUUACAUUUAAAAACAAGUCCCCAUCUCCUUCAGUUGUUUUUGAGAAUGCUGUGACGAUGUUUUGGUGUGAAAGCCCCAGAAAUGUUCUGUGGACCACGAUCCAUCACCUGCCUUUCCACCGGCAUGGGGGUGAGGAUUUUGUGUCAUCGAAUCAUGACAUAAAACCCUGGCCACGGCCCUGCUCAGAAGUCCUCAUAUCUAAAGUGUGUAAUUAUUUGUAUUUGAACCUGCACUGCUGACAACGCUGACCUUUGUCAAAAAUGGACCUGGACAAUAUGGGGGGAAUUGUUAAGUUCCAAAUUGCUGUUGUUGCCUCUGGCUGUUGCGAAAUAAUAAGGCCAAUGUGAAUGAAUAAGAAAUGCGACAUGGUAAAUCCUGUCUGCAUGGAAAGCCCAUUGGACUGACAGAGCUGCUUUUUCAUUUUUUUUUUUUUUUUUUUUUUGCUAUUUCAGUAGAAACCAGACUGCUGUGUUUAUUCCAUAACUAAAUAAUGAGAUGGCUUAUUAACACAUUUAGGCGUGAAUACAGUCUGUUUGGCUGAAAACACGUGAUUCACACUGCACGAGCGCAGUUGCGUUCAGACGUCCUUAUCCUGAGCAAGAAGCGAGCAAAUGAAGACAGAAACUAUUAGAAAGAGUUCAUAAAUGAGGUCUGAAAGGGAACAGUUCUACAUUUCAUGCUUGGACUGUCUGUUCUCAUUGUGAGUCACACGACAUGUGAGGAAUUGUAAAUUGAACGGGCUAAUGAGACGACCAAAACAGCUGUGGAUUCAACCAGCCCGGAACUCUUAUUAAUAUCUUGGCCUUACCUUCAUGUGUGGAAAGGCAAUUUUCUUGUUUGUGAAUUUGGGAAAAUAAAAAAUUUCUAAAGCU